AACUAACAAUGACGCAUAUAAAGGUCGUUAGUACUUAGUUAGUAGAAGUAGUCUAUGCAAAGUGGGAUUGGGACUGGGAAUUUUAUAUAUGUACACAUAUAUGUGAGUUUGUAACUGAAGCAGCAUUGUGGUUUGUGCGUUAGGACUUGGGCGGUGGACUGUGGAGAAAGCGCAAAGCUUUCUAUAUCUCUGUGUGAGUGGGGGGUGAUUUGGUGUUUAGAAUGGAGGGGGGAGGAGGAUGGAAAAGGCCCAAGACAAAGAUAGUGUGCACGUUGGGACCGGCGUCCAGGUCUGUUGAAGUGAUAGAGAAGCUUUUGAGGGCUGGUAUGAACGUGGCGCGCUUCAACUUCUCCCAUGGCUCCCAUGCCUACCACCAGCAAACCCUUGACAAUCUCAGGACUGCCAUGGCCAACACCGAAACCCUCUGCGCCGUCAUGUUGGAUACGAAGGGUCCAGAGAUUCGUACUGGAUUUUUGAAGGAUGGGAAGCCUGUCCAACUCAAAAAGGGUCAAGAGAUCACCAUCUCCACUGACUAUAGCAUCAAGGGUGAUGACCACAUGAUCUGUAUGAGCUACCAAAAGCUGGCUGAGGAUUUGAGGCCACAGAGUGUAAUUCUAUGUGCUGAUGGCACUAUCACCCUCACAGUCUUGGCCUGUGACAAAGAAUUGGGGUUGGUUCGAUGUCGUUGUGAAAACUCUGCAGUUCUGGGUGAGAGGAAGAAUGUCAAUCUUCCUGGGGUUGUUGUGGACCUUCCCACCUUAACAGAGAAAGACAAAGAGGAUAUCUUAGAAUGGGGGGUACCCAAUAAGAUUGAUAUGAUUGCUCUGUCUUUUGUUCGCAAAGGGUCAGACCUUGUGGAGGUCCGAAUGCUGCUGGCGGAACAUGCUAAGUCUAUCCUUCUCAUGUCAAAGGUUGAAAAUCAAGAGGGUGUUGCUAAUUUUGAUGAAAUUCUUGCAAACUCAGAUGCAUUUAUGGUGGCCAGGGGUGACCUUGGAAUGGAGAUCCCCAUUGAGAAGAUAUUUCUUGCACAGAAAGUGAUGAUAUAUAAGUGUAACAUUCAGGGAAAACCUGUAGUCACUGCAACUCAGAUGUUGGAGUCCAUGAUCAAAUCUCCCCGGCCUACACGAGCUGAAGCCACUGAUGUUGCCAAUGCAGUUCUUGAUGGCACCGACUGUGUGAUGCUGAGUGGGGAAACUGCUGCUGGGGCAUACCCUGAACUUGCUGUUCAAACCAUGGCCAGGAUUUGCUUGGAGGCAGAGAAUUCACUUAAUUAUGGUGAUGUCUUCAAGACAAUCAUGGAAACUGCACCAAUGCCCAUGAGCCCCAUAGAGAGUUUGGCCUCCUCAGCAGUGCGGGCAGCCAAUGGGUCUAAGGCAGCUUUGAUUUUGGUCCUGACCAGAGGUGGAACGACUGCUAAUCUGGUGGCUAAGUACCGGCCCAGCAUGCCAAUUUUGUCUGUGGUAGUCCCGGAGAUCACAGCAGAUUCCUUUGAUUGGUCUUGCAGUGAUGAAUCCCCGGCCAGACACGGCCUGAUUUUCAGGGGACUGGUGCCUGUUCUAUGCUCAGGAUCUGCAAAAGCUUCUGACAGUGAGUCAACAGAAGAGGCUUUGGAGUUUUCACUUCAAUAUGCAAAGACCAAGGAAAUGUGCAAGCCUGGAGACUCAGUUGUGGCAUUGCACCGAGUUGGAACUGCUUCUGUGAUCAAGAUACUAACUGUCAAAUGAAAUGAUGAUACAUUUAUGGAGAUUUUGUCAUGUGGGGUUGGUCCAGAUUUUGCAGUGGCUUGUUUUUUGGUUUACUCUGAGACCAGAUAGUUAUAGAAUGAAGAAAUCAGUCAAGGGUUUUUUUUUUUGAGGAUCUCUACAUAUCAUAGAAAUCUAGGCUUUGAUACUUAUGGGAAGAUUUUGUGAAUGGGUUUUGAUUUGAGGAGUUCUAAUGAUA